UUGUUGUUAUUUUAUUUCAGAUCUUUAUAAUAAUGUUAUUUAAUUCUGUUAUAGGGUGUCUUAUUCCUUUUAUUGGAUUGAUUUCUGGAUCAAGGGUUUGUAAUAUCACUAUAGAAGCUUUAGUUGGAGCUGAGAAACAAGUAAUGAACCCUAUAUUAGAAGAUGAAACCUAUGGUACUGAACUCACUUGUUGGUAUCAUAUUAGAACCAAACCAUCGAUAUUAGAUCUAAGUAUAAGCCUGGAUUUUGAAAGGUUUUCAGUUGGAAAUCUUGCUGGAAAUUCUUGCGUUGACGGUCAUCUUCAGGUUUUAGACUCCAAGCAUAGCCGAGUAAACGAGGAUCUGGGUGUAUACUGUGGUAAUAUCAACCAACCAAAACUAAUAAUUAGGGAAACAGAUAUAAUUAAACUGAUCUUCUUUUCUCAUAAUGCAAGCAAAACCCUGGAGUGGAGCUUUACCGUCAGGGCAAUUGGAAGAAAAGACUUACCACAGAGAUUUGGAUCUCAUCCGGAAUAUUUCCCAGGACGAGUGGGAGCUGUUGUUGAAGGAACUUAUUGUGAAACCGUGUUCCAGGAUUGCAGGGAACAGUCUUGUUUUGUUCAGAGUCCAGGCUUCCCUGGAGUAUAUCCUAGAGGGAUAUCCUGCAGGUAUUAUAUAUCCACCAAAUCAGCUCUAAUCAGGAUGUAUAUAGACGGAGUGUUCUGGGAUGCUUUUAAUGUAGAUUCCAGACGAUGUGAGAACUUUAUAGAGUGCGACAUCAGACAGCUGGGAGCAGAUUGUCCAUACGACUAUGUCAGUAUUUACGACGGAAUGGACGAAUAUUCACCUUUAAUUGGCAAAUUUUGUGGAACUGGCUACUUUCCUCAGUCUAUUGUAGGAACCACAAACAGAUUGUUUAUAGAGUUCGUUACUUCAAGAGCUGGGCCUCUGAUGAACACCGGAUUUGAUUUUAAGAUUACCAGCUCACCCUCUACAGGGUUACCUUUAAUAAACAGCAGUUAUUUGGAAAUACAAAGCAUUCAACUCAAUGGAAAGGAUGAGGGAACGAUUUUAUCAUUGGAACACUGGUAUAAACCAGGAACUAACUGUUCCACACUUUUAAAAGGAACAAGUACUCAAGUUGUCAGACUUUACUUUGAGAAGAUGAAAAUAGUGGAGAAGGAUUCUAUACAAAGCAAGAAUGGAUCAUGUGAGGAGUAUCUAGCCCUUUAUGAUGCUUCCUGGCCGGAUCCCACCAGGGUUUUAAAGGUUUUUUGCGAUGGAGUUCCUCAAUCAAAUAAAAAGAAGAACUAUAUAUCUACUGGACCAACUAUGUUUGUGAAUUUUGUAUCUCAUCUUGGUAGUUAUUCAGGUAGUUCAAUAUAUUACUGGGGUGUUUUCGAUUUUCAUGACACAGAGACAAAUGGCGAAAAGGUUCUUAACUCUAGAUGUGAUGAAGAUUUUACCUCAAACUCUGGAACAAUAAGAUCGCCUAUAAAUUCUCUACUCUUUUUGAAUCCAAGAACGGAUGUGAAGUGUAAGUAUCGGAUUCGAGGGAACCCGACCCAAUACAGGAGAAUAUCUCUUCUCCUGGAAUAUACAAAGUUUCCAUCAACUAGCAAGACGUGUCACAGCUGUACAGAUAAAAAUGUAGACCAUUUAGAAGUUUUAGGCGAAGGAGAUGUUAGUUCAUUCUGUUAUUCUUCCUGCUCUAACCUGAACCAGUCCCUGGAGAUAAUCUCUGCUAGCUCAAGUCUAUCUCUUCUACUGUUCAUUUCCAAAGCAACAUCAACUGGAAACUACUUUAAGAAGAAACCAGCAAUUUUUCAGGCCCAUUUUUCCUUUCUCCAUCACGCGGUAUGCGGACCAACAGUUAUUAAAGCUGAUCAAUCAGGUUUCAUUAAGUUUCCAGAUGUAACAAAACAAAGGUUUCCAGACGAGAAUGUUUACUGUAUCUGGGAUCUAGUUACUGUACCGCUGAGAAAUAUACAGUUUCAGUUUGGGAACCUGACGUUCAUAUCCGAGUCCUGCCAAAAACAUUCUAUUCUUCUCAGUUCGCUGAAACAUGAUGAUUAUCACAAGGAGUGCGGUCAAUCCAGGGGGUCAAGCAAAACAGUCAAUAUACCUGGUUCGGAAAAUGGUGGAACAGUGAAGUUAACUUUAAAAAUGAAAUCUCUAGACCUGGGACAGUUUCAGCUUCGUUGGAACUACUAAUACUGUACACUAUGUACACUGUACAGUACAGAAUGCAGUACAGUAGUUUAUCGGAACCACCGAUAAUGUACUGAUAAGGACUGGAGAGUGGCAUGUCCGAUUCAAAAUGGUACCCUAAUUAAGAGACACUGAAAUAAAUUUUAUGGAGGAAAUUAACAGAAUUAAUCAUUUUUAAAGAUCAAAACACUGCGAUAUCUUUUACAUUACUGACCUGAUAAAUGUUUAAUGAGCAUUGUUGUAAAUCGGGUCACUUUAAAUUACAAUGAUAUCCCUUCAACGCUGAGCUUAAAACUACAAUUUCCUACUAGUAUUGAACAAUACAGUAUGCAACCCAAAAGUAGAUUAAAACUACUAUUUCCUACUAGUAUUGAACAAUACAGUAUGCAACCCAAAAGUAGAUUAAAACUACCAUCUCCUACUAGUAUUGAACAAUACAAUAUGCAACCCAAAAGUAGAUUAAAACUACCAUCUCCUUCUAGUAUUGAACAAUACAGUAUGCAACCCAAAAGAAGAUUAAAACUACACAAAUCUGUAUAUCUGUACAAAACCAUUUAGUUUAAACGUUUUAUUUAUCUAAUGUAUUGAUGUGUAGUAAAAAUUUAAGAAUGAAAAGAAUUUUGGAAUAAUAGAUUGUUUAUAUUAAAAUACAAAGAAUAUGCAAUAAAAUCUAUGAGUUCA